CCUCAACAUCACCUCGACACAACGAUAUGGAGUAAACAACACAACAAACAAGCGACUACAACCCCACCUCCCCCCUGGAGUGCAUAAAAGCCGCUCUGUUUGUCGUGUUCACGACCUCCUCAUCCCCCUCCAUCCUCUCCAUACCUCCACCACACCCCUCCACCCGCACUCCACAAUGUCGCCGCCGGCGUUAUCCCCACUGCCCACCUUAUCACAGUGCCACGGCACCCUCCCCACAUCCGAGUAUGACCUUCUGCAGCUCAAGAAGGCACUCGCUGGGCGCAGCAAGGUCGCUCCUGGUGACCCAGUCGACCUCUCCCUGCUCCACCUCCACUCGUUGACGAUUCAAGAGACUCUUGAGCCUGAAGAAGAGUACCUCGAGUACAGUGUCGGCCGGGGCGAGACCGAGCUCCGUCCCAACGAGGGCUACCCCGUCUGGGAGGCCUUUCGCGACUCGGUCCGCAAGGCCACCGAGGCGUGUACUCCCAUUGCCCUCGCGCCCCCUUCCCCCACGGCACUGAGGACCCCCCUGGGCAAUGCCAAGGAUCUGGCAGGCCGUACGGGUAACAUCUUCCUGCCCACUUCGACGGCGAGUCGAACCUCAACGCGUACGGUCGAAAAGCCCCUCGCCAAGCUCCCUCAACAACUACCCGCCAGCGGACGCCAGUUUUUACACUCCACUACGGCCUGGGACACGCAAAACUGGCUCCACGCCAUCCUUGGUCUCUCACAUGACCAGCGCCCAACACGCCGCGGCACCUACCGCCCCGAGAAACAGGUACUCUAUCUUCGCACUGGAGUCGGUGUCACCUGGGUCCCUUCGGACAAUGCAUUAGAGGAAGGCGUCGAGAUUCGCCUCCACAUCACCAUUGAUGUGUACCUCAACUUGAAGGCACUCGAACAGAAGUUACCUGAAAUCGGUGCCGAAAUGAUUGGCCUCGUCAUCUCGUCACUCAUGCCCACCGAGGAAGACAUCCCCGACCAGCGCGACACGGCAAGCUACCAAAAGGCGCACGCAACCGCCUUGACCACAUUCUACAACUCACUCCACCCAGCUCCGGCUCUCCCAGACGACUUUGACAUGCGCCGCCUUCAGCCGCCGGAGAUGACAGCAAGGCUCCUCCCUUUCCAGAGGCGCACUCUUGCUCGUCUCCUCGAACGGGAAGACGCACCUGUGGCCGGCGUGUCCAAGCCCUCUGUUCCAGCCGGCCAGUGGACCAAGAUCGACCUCGAACGGUUCGGCAACUAUGCAUUCAGGCGCCUGACGGGAGAGCUCAGGCCUCUUGGAGACCGAAAAGGAAAGGGCCGCGCUAGCUCCACGGACGAUGACGACGAACUCAAAGCGCUGCCCAAGCUCUUUGAUCUCUCCCGUGUCCGAGGCACCAUGCUUUGUGAAGAGAUGGGCCUUGGCAAGACUGUGGAAGCCAUUGCUCUCAUCCUCCUCCACCGCCACCCCCUCUCCACUCCCCGGCCAAACAUCCUCGGGCACACCGAGGACACGCCGGUCCGAGCCUCACCUCAAAUCAACCUCCUGGCUGGUGCGCCUGACCAUGACCAGCCAGAGUUCCGAGCAUGGCUUGACAAGGAACAUGACGCUUUCACUGACGCUGCGUCCUGGUCAGAAGAAUCCCAGCUCUCUGUUUCCGAGAUUGGCGCAACAUUGGUUGUUACCCCGCUUCCCCUCAUGAAGCAGUGGAUCGCCGAAAUGAACGCGCACGCCCCGUCCCUGAGGAUCUGCGAGUACCCUGGAUGGAAGACGCUCAUCGCUCAAGUGGAGAAGAAGCGGAACGCGAGUAUCAGGCAACGAGUCAAGCAGGCAGCAGACAAGCAAAAGCGAAAGAUGAAGCAGUUCCGCAACGAGACUCGCCGCAAGUACGCUAAAGGGAAAGACGGCAAGAAGGUUCCGCUUGAGAUGGAGGACGAAGGCCUCAGUGAUGACGACGAAGACAUUAUCGCGUCCAACUUGGACGAGGAAAGUCUUUUGGAGCACACUCAGCGAGCCUUCCUCGACUACGUCCGCGGCCACGACGUUGUUAUCACCACAUAUCAGACCCUUGGCGAUGAUCUGACGGUCGCUGUGCCCGUUCCUCAGCGCAGCCGCCGCUCCAACGUGGCGUACAAGAUUGGCGAACGCCCCCGCAGCCCGCUCGUCAUGGUGGAGUGGUGGCGUGUCGUCAUGGACGAGGUUCAGCUUCAAGGCAACCAAAGUCAAGCCGCCGAAAUGGUCUCGCUCAUUCCCCGCAAGUUCUCCUUGGCCAUGUCGGGAACUCCAGCCCGCACCAACGUCCUCGACCUGGCCGGCUCUCUCAACUUCUUGCGCGUCCCUGGCGUCAACCGUGUCAUGUGGCAUCGUCUCACACAGCUUGCCAACCGACCAGCCUUCCAUGGCCUGUUCCAGCCACUGGCUGUUCGCACAACGAAAGCCGAAGUGAUUGACGAGUUCCACAUUCCUCAUCAGACCAGAUAUGUGGUGCCCAUCGAUCUGUCCAAUAUCGAGAGUCACUACUACCUUGACACGCUCGAACGUCAACGGGAGCGUCUCCGUCGCGACGAGGUAUCGUUAGGAAGCUCGUUGCGCCACCUGAGGCAGAUCUGCACCCACAUUCAGGUCGGUGCCCUGAACGCAACGGCUGCCAACCGAACAAUCGAUCGCGCCGACCGUCUCCACUUGGGUCGUCAACUCAUGACCAUGGACGAAGCUCUGAGCAAGAUGCGACUCGAUCACGAGAAUGAGUAUCUUUCGCAAACCAGGCAACACAUGCGUGCUCUGGUUCGCAAGGCCCAGCUCCUCAUCAUUGACGACCGCGACCCAGACGACCAUGAACGCAAUCAACUUAUGGCCUUGGCUCUGUAUGAGCGGGCGCGCGACGAAGGCAACAAGAUUCUGGAGCCGGCCCAGGCUCAACUGACUGCCAUCGUCGGCGACCGUGAAGACAGUAUCGACGACACGGAGUUGGACAAGGCGGCAUCGCAGCAGGAGAAGGACCGCGUUAAGUCGAUCAUGGCUGCCCGUGCAGUUAUCCGCGAGACCUUAAUCAUCAUUCAUCAGACCUGGUUCCACGAAGGUGACAUUCAUCACGUCCAGAAGGAUGAAGACAAGGAAGUCUUGGCUUACAAGACGGCCGAGGUGGUGCGCAAAGACAUUCUUGCGCGCCCACUCAAGAUUGCUGGACGCCAAGUCGAGGCAAUGAUUGCCUCAAUUCAACGUUCGCCAGCAAUCAAUGCCAUGACAGAGCUGCAAACCGUCGAUACCAGGCGAUCCGGGGGACUGGUUUCGGGUAGCACCAUUGGGGAGAUCAAUGGCCUGCUGAGGAUCCUCAAUGACAAUGCCGUGCUCGUAUUCAACUGGCGCAACAAGGUGGUCGACCUGCUCAAGUUACCCCUCGAAGCCGAGGAGGACAAGGUCCCAGCUGCGGGUCAAGGCCAGGAUGUCGAGAACCCCGAGGAAGAGUACUAUGCAGAGGCACUCAAGGCUCAAGGAGAUGUCGAAGCCUACCUGACCGCUUAUGCCUCGGCCAUCGCGGACCGCAAAGAGAUGCUGCUGGAAGAGCGCAGCGUUCUUGCAACCCACGACGCCCGCAUGGUCAAGAAGCGUACUACACGCGCAGCAAAGGAGGCCCAGGACGGCGUGGAAGAGAUCCCUCUCAACGACGUCGAGGACCUCACCUUGAAGCUCAUGACUGAGCGCCAGGCUUUCCGCGACCGCCGCCGGGAGGAGGAUUGCGAACGCCCCCUCAAGGCCCUGCUCAUCGAGCUGACCGCCAUUGUUCACGGCCAGCACCGCGUUGAGGAAAUCCAAAUCGCCAAGGCGGCGGCAGAAGCCAUUCGCGCGUUCGUCAACAAGCAGUCCGAGAUGGUGGAGAAGCUCAACAAGGAGCUCGAUCUCUUCCGUGUCGCAUUCAACAAGCGUGUCGUUUACUUUGCCGCCCUCCAAGAAAUCUCGGACUCUGUUGCGGCCCCAAUGUUCCGGGAUGUUGGCCGAGACGUUGCCGUGGUGGACAAGCACAUCAUAGAGGGCGACGUGCUCCUGGCUCGCAUGGCUGUCCGUGGCCGGUACCUCAACUUCUUGGGUUCUCAAGACAACACGAACCAAGAUCCCCACAGCGAUUGCUCAAUCUGCUUCGGUACCUCGGACGACAAAUACGCUAUCCUCCUGAACUGUGGGCAUGCGUUUUGCGUUUCUUGCUUCAAGGAGUACCGCAAGACGGCCCAUGUUGGUCGUAAAUGUGCAACUUGCCAGACCCCCAUCAAAGACCGCGAAUUCACCAAGAUUCGACUGAACCGCUCGGCUCAGGACGGGCCGGACGAAGCCGAGGGCUCCGACUCUCACGAGGUGGAGAUGCCAGAGUCUCAGCAGGAGGAGGAGGAGCCUGAGGACGACGAGGAGGCUGCGGAGCGUGAGGCGCAGAAGGAGCGCGACGCCCGUGCAACCGACCUGGAGAGGCUCAACAUGCUGCCCUUCGACAGGCAGCGUGCUAUUCUCGCGAUGGACAUGAUGGGCGAGUUUGGUUCCAAGAUCAACUUCCUCAUCAAGCACCUCCACUACUACCGCUCCACACGUCCGCACUCACGCCAUGUCGUGUUCUCCAACUGGGCGGACAGUCUUAGCAUUGUUGAGCGCGCUCUGAGCAUCAACCGGAUCAAGUAUGUUUCCUUCGAGUCCAACUCGAAGAACAACAAUGUCGUCGAGGAAUUCCACCGCGACCCGACCAUCUCGGUCUUCCUCCUCCAUGCGGAGCGUGAGAGUGCCGGCCUGACCCUCACGUCAUGCGAGGUUGUCCACCUCUUGGAGCCGGUGUUGCAGCACUCUUUCGAGCUGCAGGCCAUCGGCCGUGUCGACCGCCUUGGACAGAACAAGGAGACGACCGUGUUCUGCUACGCCACGAUGGAGACGGUCGAAGCUCGCAUUCUCUCCGAGGGUGUCCGUAACGGCACCAGCAUCUACCUCGCCGAUGCGCAGGAAGACGAGAAGGCCGUGGCCGCCAUGCCCAACGUGGCGCACGCCGCGAACCGUGGCGGAGACGUGACGACCAACGCCUUCAACACAGACCAAAUGAUGAAGCUUAUCAUGUAGAUAAGCCGUUACACGAUUGUAC